CAAAUAGAGCCGUAAUUUAUGUACAAAUUGUGAGCAUUUUUGUUGUGAAUCGAAAGUUCGAUUCGAAACGUUUGGUAAAAACAAUUUAAUCGACAAAUUGUUGUCAGUUUUGGUGACAAUUAAUCCAUUGAUUAGACCGGAGAGGAAGACACACAACACCUGAGAGGAUGGAUAUGCAGAACAGACCGGGAGGGAAGACAGGGGGCGGAGGCGUCGCCUCGUGGUCUGAGACGAACCGCGACCGACGCGAACGACUGCGACAAUUGGCGUUAGAGACGAUCGAUUUGGCGAAAGACCCGUACUUCAUGAAGAACCACCUUGGUAGUUACGAGUGCAAACUGUGCCUCACCCUCCACAACAACGAGGGCUCAUACCUGGCGCACACUCAGGGCAAGAAACACCAGAGCAAUCUCGCCCGACGCGCCGCCAAAGAUGCCAAAGACUCGCCCGCAUUGCCCGCACCCGCGAAGCAAAGGGUUGACAUCAAGAAGUUCGUCAAAAUCGGAAGACCCGGCUAUCGGGUCACCAAACAACUCGACCCGGAGCUCAACCAACAGUCGCUCCUCUUUCAGAUCGAUUACCCAGAGAUCGGUGAGAAUAUCGCUCCUCGACAUCGGUUUAUGUCGGCCUACGAGCAGAAGAUAGAGCCGCCGGACCGUCGCUGGCAAUACCUGCUGUUCGCCGCCGAACCUUAUGAGACGAUUGGCUUUAAAGUGCCCUCACGUGAAGUCGACAAAACCGAAGAGAAGUUCUGGACGCUAUGGAACAAAGAGGCCAAACAGUUCUUCCUGCAGUUCGCCUUCAAAGUGGAGCCGCCGAAGGGAUCCGUCCCUAAGUUCCCGCCCGACGCACCCCCGCCUCCCCAUCAGACCAAUCCAUCACACAAUCAGAAUCAGUUCGGCGGCGAACAGCAGGUAUUGCCAGCGACGGUCCGGCGGCUCUAUCUUCUGCUCGUAGGCCGACAUAAACCGAUGUCGAGGAGCGAUAUUCUCACCGAUCUCUGGCCUUAUGAAAGUCACGAAACGAUGUUAUGUUUGGCCAGAAAUGUAUUGUUUAAUGACUUAAUCCGCGCCAAGAGAUUGCUGUCGUUGGGCCACAAGUGGCGGACAUUGAGUGAUAAACCGGUGGCCAAUGCGAAGGAGUCGGCGGCCGAAGACGUGAACGUGAUAUACGUGACCAAAAGCGGCGACCGGAAGGCCGUGAAGGGAACCGUUGGCCAGAAUGCCAUGUAUUUGGCACAUGAUAAUGGGGUGGACAUCGAGGGCGCGUGCGAGGCAUCGCUGGCCUGUUGCACGUGUCACGUAUACGUCAGACAAGACUUUUACGACAAACUCCCGGCGCCCACAGAAGACGAAGAGGAUAUGUUAGAUAUGGCGCCGCAGCUCAAGUCCAACUCCAGACUAAGUUGUCAAAUAAUGCUGACUCCAGAGUUGUCUGGUAUUGAAUUAACACUUCCAGCGGUGACCAGAAAUUUCUACGUCGACGGCAAGAAACCGACCCCUCAUUGA